AUGCUUCGAUGUGUUCUGCUCGCCUUUUUUAUCACUGGCGCGUUUGUUAGUGCUGAUGUAUUCGACAUAUUCAAUGAUCCGAUAAAACCGAAGCCCGAGGUUGUCGAAGUUGAGACGAAACAAACAACAAUGAAGCCUCCUGUUACUCAAAAAAAUACUAAUGUGGUAAAUCCGAAUGCAUAUAAAGAAAAAUAUCUAACGAUACUCAACACUUAUCGAAGUGUUAUUGGUAAUUGGAUGAAGAUGCUACCGUCCGAAGAUGUGGGACUCUAUCGAAUGAUAGUGAAACUAUCACCUGACACAAUAUCUCGUUUCAAAGCAUUCGCUUCGAAUGCACAAUCCGAUGAGACCAAAGAUUUGCAUGAAGUACAUAUGGUAUCCAAACUUCUCAACGACGCUACACUUCGAAUCGAAGAAAUCAUACCUUCAUUUUCUAAGAAAACCUUGCGAGAACGGUUACGAUCUGUAGAUAUUGAGAAAAUACUUCUAGGUGCGCUUCUGGCAACUGCCAUCGGAUUAAUCGCAGCCAUAAGUGUUCAAGCUAGAAAUAAUUUUCGACGAUCGUUUAAAGUUCUGUUCACAUUUAUAUUUAUCAUAUCAGUUUUACAGAACUGUUACGGAUUUUAUCUGGAGGAAUUGGCGAAAAUCGAUACAGUACUUAUCAAAACUUUACCGCAACAUUGUUUAAGUUAUUCGCAUGGAUUUUUUCAUACGAUGAAACUGAUAUUUACUCGAACAGUUCAAGCCCCACAUGAUGAUUGCCUCGAAUAUCAAAAAGCUUUACGUAAUAUUCCUCAUGCCCGCGCUACACUAGCUAAAGCUGUAUCGCUAACUGUGGCCCAAUUGUUCAUCACACCAAUUGGUGAGAUUGGCGAAAGCAUCUCGGCAUUUUUUGCAGGUUUAAUGCGUCAUGUGCCUUUUGUUGCAUCACCAAUCGUAAUUUUAUCCGUUCUAUUUUUCUUAUUCAUACUGAUUAUGACAAGAUCACAAUAUGCGUUAACAUCAGUCUAUGGACUUUUAAGUUUCCAUCCUGUUGUGGCACCUGAUGUAACGAAGUCGCCUGAAUAUUUGAAGAAGGUAAAUCAGUUGGAGCUCAAGGAAAAGGAAUGUGAAAAUUUGAAACAGAAAAUAAAUGAAUUGAAACAACUAACCCUUCCGCCUCCAAACAACACGACAUCAUCAAUAAUCAGUCCACAUCCAGUGAAUAGCAACAUACCUCUUUCUGAUGAAUCACCAUCAUUGUCUGAACAAACAACUCCACCAGCUGAAGUUCCUUUGUCAGAAGAACGCGGUCAAGACGUGCCAGUGAUUAAUUCUCCUCGUACAGGCUUUACAGACGAAUGA